UUCUGCAUCGUGUAGAGUGAGAGAUGGAGAAUUCCGGGGACCAAUUCGACGUUAUUAUCGUCGGUGCUGGCAUCAUGGGCAGCUGCACCGCCUAUCAGGCAGCCAAGCGCGGCCGCAAAGUCCUUCUCCUCGAGCAAUUCGACUUCUUGCACCACCGCGGUUCUUCCCAUGGAGAGUCUCGCACCAUACGCGCCACCUACCCAGAACACUACUACUCAUCCAUGGUAAUCGAAUCCUCUCAUCUCUGGGAAGAAGCACAAUCCGAGAUCGGCUAUCGGGUAUACUUCAAAACCCCUCACUUCGACGUUGGCCCGGCCGAUGACAAAAGCCUCCAAUCCGUCAUCACUAGUUGCCAAGCGAAAUCGAUCCCUCAUUGCAUCCUUGAUCGUCGGCAAGUAGCGGAGAAAUUUUCCGGCAAAUUUAACCUGCCAGAGAAUUGGAUCGGUCUUUGGACUGAACUUGGUGGGGUCAUCAAGCCUACCAAAGCAGUCUCCAUGUUCCAAACUCUGGCCAUCCAGAGAGGAGCUGUACUUAGAGAUUACAUGGAAGUGAAGGAGAUUAAGAGAGAUGACGUGAAAGGAGAUAUUUUAGUAAUCACAUCUAAUGGUGACAAAUAUUGGGGAAAUAAAUGUGUGGUGACAGCUGGAGCAUGGACAAAGAAAUUAGUGGAAACCGUAAGUGGCUUAGAGGUGCCUAUUCAACCUCUAAACACCACGGUACAGUACUGGAGGAUCAAAGAGGGUUCUGAGAAGGACUACUCACUCACCGGCGGCUUUCCGACUUUUGCGGGUUAUGGUGAUCCCUAUAUAUACGGCACACCCUCGUUGGAGUUCCCUGGGUUGAUCAAAAUUGCCGUGCACGGUGGCUACCCUUGUGACCCGGAUAAAAGAUCAUGGGUGCCCGUAUUGAUCACCAACCCCGUGAAUGAUUGGAUAGAAGGAAAAUUUUGUGGGCUUGUUGAGUCAAGUAAGCCGGUGAUCACGCAGUCGUGCAUGUAUUCCAUGACACCAGAUGGAGAUUUUGUGAUAGAUUUCUUGGGGGGAGAUUUUGGCCGGGAUGUUGUGGUCGCUGGCGGGUUCUCGGGUCAUGGGUUCAAGAUGGGUCCUGUAGUGGGGAGGAUUCUUGCUGAUCUAGUGUUGGAUGGAGAGGCACAAGGGGUGGAGCUAAGCCACUUUAGGUUGGGAAGGUUUGAAGAGAACCCAAAGGGAAACUUGAAAGAAUUUGACGACCAAGUCUGCCCAUAUCUGCAGCCUAGUGAGUGAAUCAAACUCUGUUUACAACAUGGGGCGUAUUGCAUUAAUUAAGCGUCUUA